GCUGUAAUCUGUGAGGAUUUGUGAAAACCAAUGAGUGAAAACACAAAAUACACAGAAACGUCAAAAUUAAAAUUGAAUUUUUGUGUGAUGUUCUAAAAUUUCGAUGUUCAUUUUUAUUUUACAAGCAUUUAUUUAGUUUUUUUAUCUGUGCUGUGUAGGAGGCACUACUUUCUUGUAGAAUUAAUUAGUUUUAUUUUGGUUACAGUGUACAGUACAUCUUUUUUACAGACUGUAGAAAUGGACCCCAUAGCGAUUUUGCAAAGUAGAAUCGAACAACUAGAAGCAAAGUUGGGUUUGGCCAACGUUCCCGUUGAAGGGCAACAAGGAGAUUCUGCAACAACAAAUUUGUUGAACACAGCUCAAGCAAUCAACAAUGCAACAUUGGGACAUGAGAAGUUAAAUGAAUCUAUGCAGAUGGCCACGGAACUGAACAAUUAUACUGACCCAAAUUUAUUGGAAAAUAUUCAACAAAACAACAUGCACAUGCAAGAAGUAGCUGCAGCAGAGCCAGUCAUUAGACAUCAUUGUCAAUGCAUGCAUCGUUGCAAACAGGCAGCACCUGUGUUGGAGUCUGAAGCCAUCCAGCAAGUGCCCCAAUUGCAGGAGACUGUAAACACCAUGCACGCAGCAGCGGCUGAGGUUAAAGCAGAAGCUGAUGCGGUAUCUCUUGGUGUCCAGCAGUUAGCAGAGACGUGUGGUGCCGCCGCCUUGGAGGGAUCUGUACAACUGACCAAUGUUGCACAAAAAGUGGAACAAGUGGAGGAUAAGAUGUUCCCCAAGAGAAGAAAUGGGCUGGAUUGAAGAUAUUCUAAUAAAAUUAUAUUUUGGUGCUUUUUA